AUGCCACCCGCCGCCGCGAGAGCGCAAGCGGAGCUCCACGACCAAAAGACCAAACUUGCCAAUUCCUACAGCGAGCUUCUCAACGAAUUCAGCAGCAAGGAUCUCCGUACUGUCGGCAACUACACCGUCGGCCGCCUGAUAGGCAAGGGCUCAUUCGGAAAGGUCUACUUGGCCUCGCACAAGCUCAUCAAUGGCUCAAAGGUCGUACUCAAGUCGGCCAAAAAGGACGAUGCCAACCUCGCACGCGAGAUCCACCACCACCGUCAAUUCCUCCACCCCCACAUUGCUCGUCUCUACGAAGUCAUAGUCACCGAGUCGCUGGUAUGGCUAGUCUUGGAAUGGUGUCCCGGCGAUGAGUUGUACAACCACCUCCUCGAACAUGGUCGCAUGGAAGAAAACAAGGUUCAGAAGAUCUUUACACAACUGGUUGGCGCAGUUUCAUACGUCCACUCGAAAUCUUGUGUCCAUCGUGACUUGAAACUCGAGAACAUCCUGCUCGACAAGCACGGCAAUGUCAAAUUGGUCGACUUUGGCUUCACGCGCGAAUACCAAGGCACCACGAGUUACCUGCAAACAUGGUGCGGCACCGUCUGCUACAGCGCGCCAGAGAUGUUGAAAGGAGAAAAAUAUGCUGGUGAAAAGGUGGACGUCUGGAGUCUAGGAAUCAUCUUGUACGCUCUCUUGUGUGGAGAACUGCCGUUUGAUGAAGACGACGAGAACGAUACAAAACAGCGCAUCUUGAAGGAAGACCCAAAGUACCCGGAACACGUCCCAGAAGGCGCAAAGGACCUUCUGUCGAAACUUCUGUCACGCCGUCCUCUGCUACGACCGCCGCUGGCUGAUGUCCUUCGCCAUCCCUGGUUGCAAGAAUACGCCCCUCAGCAACAGGAGAUCCUCAAGGUCUUGCAACCGCCGCCGUUCAGCACAGAAGUCGAGAAAGCGACACUCCAACGUAUGCGCAGUGCUGGUGUCAAUAUCGAUCACGUUAUUGAGAAUGUUUUGGGACAAAGAUGCGACCCUCUGGCUGGCUGGUGGGGUCUGCUGCUUGAAAAAGAAGAACGCAAGGAG